CCCGCUACCGAAAGCCAAGGUUAUCCAGGAUGCUACCACAUCAUUACUUGAUGGUCUUGAUUGUCAAUCAGAUGUCGUUUGCGUUCCAAUUCACUUGGUUGACUAUUUCUGUCUCUUGAUGCCAGCCAUUGCUAGAGACCCUCAUUUGGAAGCUUGCGAGGGACAGAAUGGACUCGGCAUCGCCAACAGCAAGCGCGUCGACUAAUAGAGGCGGUCGACCGAAGGAUUGGACUGAACCUCGCACACGAAGGCUCAUUCGCCUCUACCUAUUCACCACGCUACCCUUGCAUAAGAUUCUCGAAUUGUUGGAGGAAGACGAUUUUAAGCCGGGAAAAGAUGCAGCCAAUAAAGUAAAGAAUACUGUGUUGGGCAAUGACCCAAGAUGGAUUCGACCAAGAGACGACAAUGAAGAGAAGGCUCGUAUCCGCGGACUUCGAAAUAGCCUUCGUGGAAGACGGGGCCGACAGAAUGUGGCUUCUCAAGGUCCAAGUGGAACCGCUCCUGGCCACAACAUAAACCAGGGCACCUUUUCGGAAGAUAGGUCGCUCGGGGGUACAACUAUUACACAGUCGUACCGUUCUUCAUUCGAGGAAUCACAUUGGCCAGACUCUGCAUCUUUCGCCCACCCGCUGACUACUAAUAACACCUAUUCGAUGGCCCUCGAUGAGGUCACCUCCUCACGUUUCAUCCCAAGCCUCAUUGGCCGACGCAACUCGAAUCGCCAAGACACCGGUCUCACGGCAUCCACGGAUAUCAGUAUCACCAGCGCCCUGAGAGAGAAGCUUUCUUUCCUUUCACUCAGUAAGGCGAAGCGGACUUUCAAGGUCUUAAAGCGAUACACAUUCCCCAAAAACCUCGAAUCGCAACACACAUUCGAUAUCUCUCAUGGCCCUGAACAUUUAUCUUCCGAUGGUGGUAAAAGCAGGCCAUUGGACGCUACAUUUGCCAUUCCUGGAGACUUUUUGAAUUUCGAGCUAUUCGCUAACCGUUCACGGUGUGCUACCGAGUCACUGGCGCAUGCAGCUGGUACUUGCUGGUGCAAGGUUGACGAUCAGGUUGGCCCAACACGGAAGAUGUGGGCCAAUACCAAGGUUUCUGGCCAUAUAUCUGACCAAGGCCUCAUGCUGAUAGACAGCUUUGGGAAUACCGUAUUUCAUUAUCUUGCGAGUCUGGAUGGAAUUCAAGACCUGUUCAUUCACCUUGUGUCCCAAGCACCACGCGAACCAAGGCUACCAUUCGGCGCUUCAAACACGGCUGGCCAAACGUUCCUUCAUGUCCUGCAUCAUUCUUGGUUUCGCGAGGGCUCUAGGCUAACAGAGCUUCUUGAUACCUUGCGAGCUCAGAAUUUUGACAUUUUCGCGACUGAUGUUUAUGGUAGAAAUUUCUAUCAUACUCUGCGACACAAUAGGAAGAAUUCUGCUCGGUUUCCAGGUCAGACAGCUGAUAUAUCCCGCAUCAAUCGCCGGGAUGCCUUCGGAUUGAAGCCUAUGGAUCCGUAUCCUGCUCGCGACAAUACCUAUACCACCACUCAUACUCAGGUAACGCAGGGAGCCAAUACAAGCAUCGCCCCCGGUCUUUCCAGACCGACGCCGAAAAUCAACACCCAGGCUGCGAUGAUAGAAGAUAAAGAGAUCUACAUGCAUGUAGAUCUCUUGAAGGUUGUCGUCAAAGCAGUUGGGGUCGACGAAGAUUUCGCGCCAAAUCCCCAAAACGAAGACUCCCAGGGCCGCAACGGGUUUCAUUGUCUUGCGGAAAUCGAUUUUGGUCUCGCACCUGCCACUCCAAAGCACAACGCUCGGGCUUAUCCCAUCGAUGAAUCUAGACUUAGCCCCCCAGGACAGAGCAAACGGAGGUAUGACGACUCAGAAGAGAUAGAGGUGCCUCGAACGGUAUCGGACAGUCGGCGUCUUGAAUGUAUCCGUGGCCUUAUCCUCGCCAAAGUCGACGCAAACCAGUACGACAUAAACGGAAAUACGCCACUUAUGUCUUUUGUACUUCAUAGUAGCGAUGCCACGAAGUACGAGAAAGAGGAGAGCGAGACAGUCCUCCGCACCUUAGUUCAUUCGGCCGGCGCAAGGCUCGAAGCGCGCAACCGUAGUGGCGAAACUGCUCUUCACCUCGCAGCUAGGCACGGCAAAACAGUCGCAUUGCGUGUCCUGCUCGAACUUGGCGCCAACCCAAACACUCGAAACGGUCAGGGCCUAAGUAUUCUUGAGGUCAUCGAUAACUUAUAUCUUACGACAGAGCGUGAUGAUAAACACAACGCGCGGUUUGAGGCUUGCCGCGCCAUCUUGACGCGUACCCCUGACGCGACCAAGCAAAGUCCAAACCUAUUGGACGAAUGGGGCAAGAAAUGAGCCUGCAUAGGCAAUUGCUAUUUCAGAGGAAUGUUUUUCUGAUGGUUCACCUGAUCUCGCUUUGGGAAAAUUGAAGUACCCUUGUUGACGACUGUAUUGUAUGCACGCUGGCGGCGUUUGGAUGUGUUUUUAGUAUAUACCCCGGGCAUGGUCUACCCUAACGGAGUUUGAGGUGUUUUGGAAUCGUCUACUCUUCCAUAUUACAAGCUACAGUCAAUCACAAUCUAAGCUCUUGAUACAAUUCACUUCUCCUAAGACUCUAGAUCGUGUGAAGCUGCCUCGUGCGUUCCUAGUGUAGUCUUCAUUGUCUUCAGACAUUAUUUCGCACGACGUUGGCAGC